ACUACAACUACAACAAUGACCAGCUACUACAUGUUCCGCUAACGGAGAGGGCGGAGCCAUCCAAACAACUCUAUUACUAAUACUUUAUUUGGGACCUGAGCUUUAACAGCAAAGAAUUGAUUGAUUGUCUUCAAAUAAAACAAAAAAGAAUAAAAAAGACAGAAAAACUGCACCAAACUGGAACCAAGGCUCCCCUACGAAGAAACCCAGUAACGCAGUAACGCAUGAAAGAAAAAAAAACGCUAAAAAAAAGAGAGAGAAAAAGAGAGAGAGAGAGAGAAAGAGAGAGAGAACACUAACGCUAAGCCCGUCACUGGCCUGGACUUGUCAACACAAGAGGCUUCAGCCCGUGCCAUCUGUGUGCCAGCCUCCACCACCCGUCUGCAUCUGGAGCCCCAUCAGCUCUGCUCUAAUGGAGGGACGGCACGCGACACGUGAGGAGAGAGCAGGUGAACGAGGCCAACCGGAGGUCCAGGCUCUUCCAUAGACUAACUGAAAAAAUUCACUCGUCUUCCUCGAGACACUUCCUCACUUCCAGGCUUCCCUUCUGGACCUUCCCGAAGGCUUGGCGACUCUCGGACGAGGCUACAGAGGAUACAUCUUGCGACUCUUCUUGCGAAAUUUCGUAAUUUGACAGUACCAGACAGUACCUGAUGCUGAUGACCUUUUGGAAAGUUUCUCUGGCUCCUUUCUUCUGGCUUUUCCUUGGAUUUUCUUGGACAAAGACAUCUAAAAGAACAUAAGAGAGCAAGAUGAUGUGACCUUCUGCCAAACUGCUCGAAACCAUGCCACCGACACAGCGGGCUCCAGUGUCCACACUGAAAUAGGCUCAAACAAGUGCAGACUGGAGAGAGAGAGGGAGCGAGGGAGAGAGGGAGCUGCAUAGAGAGAGAGAGAAAGAGAGAGAGGAAAGAAAGAGAGAAAGAGAGAGAGAGAGAGAGAGAGAGAGAGAGGGAGAAAAAAAAGAAAAAGAAACAGGACGUCAGAGUGUGAAGGAGGAAUGUGCUGUCAGGAGCCUGGGCUGGAUGCGGCUUGCCGUCGCAGGCAGUAGGCGACUGAGAUGGGCGUUCGUCUGGGCAGCCUGAGCGACUCUCUGUGGCCGCUGUCGCUGCUGCUGCUGCUGCUGCUGUUGCUCUACGCCUCACCCUGCUGCCAGGGCCGCCCGUUCACCAUGAUCGAGCCCACCGUCAACGUGGCCGUGGUGUUCAGCGGCUCCGCCUACCAGCUGGAGAUCAAGGGCCGCCUGAGCCGGGAGAACUUCCUGGAUCUGCCGCUAGAAGUGAACCCCAUCACCGUGCUGGUGAACAACACCAACCCGCGGGCGCUGCUGACGCGCAUCUGCGACACGCUGGCGGCCAACAGGGUGCACGGCGUGGUGUUCGAGGACAACAUCGGCUCGGAGGCCGUGGCACAGAUACUGGACUUCAUCUCCACUCAGACGGCCGUGCCCAUUGUGGGCAUCAGCGGGGGAUCUGCAGUCGUCCUGCCGCACAAGGGGGACGGCUCCACCUUCCUGCAGCUGGGGUCUUCCAUCGAGCAGCAGAUCAAUGGCAUGUUCAAGGUGAUGGAGGAAUAUAACUGGGACAGCUUUGUGGUGGUGACCAGCCAGUAUCCUGGCAACGAGGCCUUCGUGGACUACAUCCGCUCCUUCACCGACACUUCCUACUUCCUGUGGGAGCUGCAGGACGUCUUGACUUUUGACAUGUCGGCCGACGGCAUGAACGACCUCCGCGCUCGCCGGCUGCUGCAGCAGAUUGACGCUCAGGUGCUGCUGGUGUACUGCUCCCACGACGAGGCCCAGUACCUCUUCUCCAUGGCCAAGGAGGUGGGCCUGCUGGGGCCCGGCUAUAUCUGGAUCAUCCCCAGCCUGGCAGUGGGGAACCCCAACGUCCCCCCGCCGGACAGCUUCCCCGUAGGGCUAAUUAGCAUUAUCACUGACCGCUGGAAGAUGAGUCUGAGGAACAGGGUGAGGGACGGAGUGGCGAUCGUGGUGAAAGCAGUGGAGAGCUUCCGUAAGCAGAGGGGCUUCGUUCCGGACGGACACACGGACUGCCAGACCCCACUGCGGCCAGAUACCAACGACACGCUCUUCACACACAUGUUGAACGUGACAUGGGAGCACACAGACUUCUCCUUCAACAGUGAUGGAUAUCUGGUGAACCCGGCCAUGAUCAUCAUCACACUGGACCGGGAGAGGCAGUGGGACAAGGUGGGACGUUACGAAUCAGGGAUUUUACAGAUGCGCUACCCAGUUUGGCCACGUUAUGGAACGUACCUGGAGCCAGUAUCUGACAACCGUCACCUGACAGUGGCCACACUGGAAGAGAGACCUUUUGUGAUAGUAGAGGCUGUCGACCCCGUGACAGGAACCUGCCUCAGCAACACUGUGCCCUGCAGACGCCAGUCCAACAAGACUGAGACGAUCAUUGGACAUACUGAGCCAUACACCAAACUGUGCUGUAAAGGAUUCUGCAUCGACAUCCUGAAGAAACUCUCCCGCAACAUCAAGUUCUCCUACGACCUCUACCUGGUAACCAAUGGGAAACACGGCAAGCUGGUCCGAGGCGUCUGGAACGGCAUGAUUGGAGAGGUGGUCUACAAGAGAGCAGACAUGGCCAUUGGAUCUCUGACGAUAAACGAGGAGCGUUCUGAGAUCAUUGAUUUCUCGGUGCCGUUCGUGGAGACGGGGAUCAGUGUGAUGGUCGCUCGGAGCAACGGGACAGUCUCGCCCUCUGCCUUUCUGGAGCCCUACAGUCCAGCCGUGUGGGUGAUGAUGUUUGUGAUGUGUCUGACAGUGGUGGCAGUGACCGUGUUUGUGUUUGAGUAUUGCAGUCCUGUUGGGUACAACCGCAGCCUGGUCAGUGCCAAAGAUCCCGGUGGGCCGACCUUCACCAUUGGGAAGUCCGUGUGGCUGCUCUGGGGUAUUGUCUUCAACAACUCCGUCCCCAUCGAGAACCCCAAAGGCACCACCAGUAAGAUCAUGGUGCUGGUGUGGGCUUUCUUCGCUGUGAUCUUUCUGGCCAGUUACACCGCCAACCUGGCAGCGUUCAUGAUCCAGGAGCAGUACAUCGACACCGUCUCCGGACUCAGCGAUAAAAAGUUUCAGAAACCGCAGGAGCAGUAUCCACCCUUUCGGUUUGGUACAGUUCCUAACGGCAGCACGGAGAGAAAUAUACGCAGUAACUACCCCGAGAUGCAUUCCCACAUGGUCAAAUAUAAUCAGAAGGGUGUGGAGGACGCUCUGAACAGCCUCAAGACUGGGAAACUUGAUGCCUUCAUUUACGACGCAGCUGUGCUGAACUACAUGGCUGGUAAAGAUGAGGGCUGUAAACUGGUAACUAUCGGCAGUGGCAAGGUUUUCGCCACUACUGGCUACGGCAUUGCCUUACAAAAAGGGUCCCGCUGGAAACGGCCCAUUGACCUCGCCCUCCUUCAGUUCCUUGCAGACGGCGACACUCAGAAGCUGCAGACGGUGUGGUUGACAGGGAUUUGCCGAAACGAGAAGAAGGAAGUGAUGAGCUCCAAGCUGGAUAUAGACAACAUGGCAGGAGUGUUCUACAUGCUGCUAGUGGCCAUGGGCCUCAGCCUGCUGGUCUUCGCCUGGGAGCACCUGCUCUACUGGAAGCUCCGCCACUCUGUACGCAGAUCCGAACGCCUGGACUUCCUACUGGCCAUCAGCAGAGGAAUCUACAGCUGCUUCAACGGCGUGGAGGAAACCGACCACAAUGGAAGCAUGCAGAGCCCAGACAUCACCACCAAUUACACCCAGGCCAACAUGCUGAAGAUGCUCAAGACAGCCAAGGACAUCGUAUCCUCUGCCAGAGUGGAGAACUCCCUGGACAACGCCACAAAGACCAUCGAGCACUGGAGCCGCCGAGGUCCAGAUCCUACUAAGCCUUGUCUUCCGACCCGCUUGAUAAGCACUGAUGCCAGUCAUGGCCGCUUGCCCUACAUCUCCAGUGUCACAGACAACCACAUACCAUAUGCCCAGAGGGCCCUGACUGCCACUUUCCCCCUGCAUUACGGAGACAGCACCACCCAGCCCUUGCUCGAGAAGCCCCGGGUCGUGACAAGACCGACCCCUCUACGCUAUACUCUACCUGCAAGGACCAGUCACCAUCAUAUAUAUGAACGCACACUCCCUAUUUCCAGUCUAAGCAGUCCACACAUUGCUAUGAGGGACCCACCGCCCCCAACAGCUCCCAAACCCCACCACAGCAACAGGCUGUACAUGGACAACCAGGCGUGCCAUCAAACAACAUCCCCUUUUUUCCCCUAUCGCACAUUCCACGUCCCUGACAUCUACGUAGAACACCAGGAACCUCCCGAGAGCCAGAAACUGUACGGCGAAGGUCUUGGCCGCAAGAAGAGGUCCCACAGCUAUGUGGCUCCAUCCCCAGAAACCCGUCGCAGGAACGACUACGAUGAACCGACGUCUUGCCUAGCCGAACUUAGAGCCAAUCACCUCUUGGAAAACCAUGCGCAUACCACCCCUUGCAUGGGCAGCCACUACCAGAGGCCAGCUGCAGCUGCUAGCUGCAACUCCUGCAUGAAGCCGUACCUGGAGCCAGACAUGGAUGACGUUCCUCUGCUGGGCAAGGAGAAGUUGAACCGUCGCGCCUCUUUCCUCAGAGCCACAUGGGGCGGCGACAGGAUUCGCCAUAUCGACGAAAAGCCCUCCACUUCUGCAUCGUCCUCAACUCGCAUCACCAUGCCCGACUUGUUUCCUCGCGUCGUUGUAGCCAAUCCCAAGCCAUCGAAGAUGUACGGCAGCACUGGCAACAACCUCUGCUACAACAUGGCGGUGGAACCGGCCUACCUGGACCCAGCCCACAUGGGUUCUUACCCGUACAAACCCCACAAGCUCAAGCACUCCCAGUCCACUCGCCUUCCCUCGUACCGGGAGGCGAUCCUCCAGAAUGCAGCGGCUCUACGACGGUCAUCUUCAACCGUAGUGCACAGACAUUACUCCACCUACCUGAACUCUUAUACUGACCUUCCAGUAUAUGUGGGUCCAGUGGCACAAGGACCCACACACUUCUACGAUCCCUCCAAAGACAUGUGCCACCUGUUCCCUUGCGUCAACCACUGCCCGGAUAACGUCGCCCUGGUACCCCGGUUAGGUAGCAGGCCUGUAAUGUACCAAAACAAUGCUUUCGUAGGCUACGAGGGUGCUGGACGCUCACGUGACGAGCCACCGCUGCAGCCAAUGCACACGUUACCGGCUUCCUCCGGGAACAGGGACCGCAGGCAGGUUUUGGUGGCGCGACGGGUGAAUAGUCCCUAUGUGCCAAAGCCCUGGGGCAGAGUGUCUAGUCUGGAGUCUGAGGUCUGAGGCUCCUUGUAUAGGUGCGUCAACCCUCAGAGACCUGUCUCCCUAAGAACUUACAGGGGGAAUUGCCUGGAACAGCCAAACAGCCUUCCAAUCUAAAGCAAAAAUCUAAGCAGUACUGAACGAAGGUGGACUAGACGUGAUAUUCUCAGUGCAAUAAUCUUUAGGGGGCAGCAGGGAAUGGGGGAGAGGGCAUGACUAUGUGAUUACUGCUGGGACAUCAGUAUACUUUAAAUGCUAAAGAAGUAAACAAUAUCGAAUCAUUCUUAAUAUAUAAAGAAAUGGAGCUUAUAAAUUAUUUAAACAGGUUUUUAAAGGCCACGAUCACACGAUUACAGUUACUCUCCACAGACGAACAGAAGGAGCAGGUAGCGAGGCAGCUCUAGACUUCAAGGUUUAAAUUCAUUCAUUCAUUCAUUCAUUCUGCAAAUUUUGAAGUCGUAACCGAACAAAAGCACCGCAGAAUUUUAUAAAAAUCAACCACUCAGAAAAAAAUGUCUUCCAAAAUUUUGUAAGCCCAGGAUUUUGCGAGAUCCGUCCGUUUGAGGCUUUUUACUCGCUCCGAUGAUGUGAUGUGGAUUUUGAGACUGCAGAUUCUAACACUUCAACUGAUUCCGUCAUCUGUAUUUCCACAAAAAUUUCACUGUUUAAUAAACAAACCAGUGGCUUGACGAGCCUUUUGGAA